AUAAUACAAAAAUAGUAAAGAGGGGCCUGGGUGAAGGGAUAGACAGGGAGGUGCUGGUGGUGGAUACAAAUCAAACACGCCUUGCUCAAACCCAACUGCUUAUAAUUCCUUAUUUCUUGGCAUUGCAUUCUCAACUCUUGCUGCUUCUGCAACUAUCAUAACUAUAGUAACUAUAUAUUUGUGUGUUGAUAAGAAUGGAGGUUUGUGGGGUGCCUGCUACUACUACCAGUGCCUUCUCCUGGACAAGCUCCAUUUCACCUUCCUCUUUUCACGUUUCCCAACCCCUUUCUUCUAAGGGGGGCUUCAAGGGCUUCAAGAUUUUCUGUGUCAUUCAAGAUGCUCAGCCUCAAAAGAUGACAAUUUCAGUAACUGGAGCGACAGGCUUUAUAGGUAGACGGUUGGUAAAAAGACUACAUGCAGAUAAUCAUAGCAUUAAGGUCUUGACAAGGUCUAAGUCUCAAGCUCAGUCAAUUUUUCCGGACAGGGAGUUUCCAGGAAUCGUAAUUGCGGAGGAAAGUGAUUGGAAAAAUUGUAUUCAAGGUUCUUCAGCUGUUGUAAAUCUAGCUGGAAUGCCUAUAAGUACAAGAUGGUCACCUGAGAUUAAGAAAGAGAUCAAGCAGAGCAGAAUUAAGGUCACCUCAAAGGUCGUGGAAGCAAUAAAUGAAUUAGAAGAGGCUAUGCGACCAGCUGUUUUGGUUAGUGCUACUGCAGUUGGUUAUUAUGGUACUAGCGAAACACAAGUUUUUGAUGAGCAAAGUCCAUCAGGAAGUGACUACUUGGCAGAGGUUUGUAGAGAAUGGGAAUCAACAGCUCUCAAAGUUGAUAAUAAAGUCAGAUUGGUGCGUAUACGAAUUGGUGUAGCCCUUGGAAGAGACGGUGGUGCUUUAGCUAAAAUGAUCCCUAUUUUUAUGAUGUUUGCCGGUGGACCUUUGGGCUCUGGAAAGCAAUGGUUUUCAUGGAUCCAUGUGGACGACCUUGUAAGCCUGAUAUAUGAAGCUUUACAGAAUCCAACUUAUGAAGGUGUUAUCAAUGCCACUGCACCAAAUCCUGUUCGUUUAGGGGAGAUGUGCAGCCACUUGGGAUCUGUCUUGGGUAGACCAUCCUGGCUGCCAGUACCAGACCUAGCACUUAAAGCAGUUCUUGGAGAAGGUGCUACUGUGGUUCUUGAAGGACAAAGGGUGCUUCCAGCUAAAGCUAAGGAGUUGGGCUUUUCCUUCAAAUACCCUUACGUUAAAGAAGCCUUGAAAGCAAUUUUGUCAUAAGCAUUAAGAUAAAGCAAUGCCAUAAAUUUACAUACGUUAUUCUUGUUUUUGUUGUUUCUGUCUGCAAAGGAAUUGGUAAAAAAGUUUCCAAGAGUUAGUAUAACCAAAACAAAAAUGCUAUAUUAGAGUGAAAUGUUGUUCAGCAAUUUCAUUUUAGUGUUUCUGCUUCGA